AUGAAAAGUCUUAUAAGCUUUAUUGCUCUUAUUGGACUGGCUUCUUGUGUUUCAAUAGGAUCCAAGGACAGUACGCUUGAUCCUGGUAGAAUUGUUUGGCCAAAAGAAACUUGGGUAAGUUCACCAAUUGAGUUGGGCAGAGCUAAUUCAGGUCUGACAGCUACUAUUACUUUUAACUUCAGACCAUCAACAGCUCUGACCAGCGGCUACGUUGAAAUCAUUCUCCCAAGUGGAUUAUCUGGCACUCUUACAGCAACAAAGACACUUUCAGCAAACACUGAUACCAGUGCUUCUUUCCCUCUUGUUUUACCUUCAGGAGCUGCCGUAUAUGGCCCAUUUGGCAUUCUUACUAGAACAUCUUCAUCAGGUCAAAUUAUUGAUGCAAACUACGUUUUCGGUUGCAUUGCUACUACGGCCUCUGUGACAAGUUCAUCUACUCUUACAGUCACAACAGUUUCAGGAGCUACAAGUCCAGUUAUUUCAACUACUGAUGGCAUUUACUUCGCAUUUUCUCUUACUCAAAGUUUCUGGAGACAUGAUCUAAUUGAAAUCAUCCCAGAUUCAGACUGGUCUUUUGCUUCAAGCUCAGUUUCUUGCUCCUCUUCAGAUGUCACUAGUGUGACCAACCAGCUCUACGGAUAUGAUGGCACUCAUAACCUUCCUUGUGCAUUGGCAACUUCCAGCUCUGACACAACUGGGCCCAUAAUUAAAAUAUGGCAACAUUCAAAUUUUCUAGUCUCUCAACAAAAUAUUUUUUCUCUUUCAUGUUUUUUUAUUAUGAUGUUUGGGUCCACCUAGUGAAGCUAUCAUAGAGCCGUCAGUCGGCAACAUUGCUUGGAGGCAGGCCCUGGUGCAAUAAAGCAGAUUGGCCCAGAAGUCUGUGGGCCGGUGUGAUGAAACCGUAGCGGGAAGCUCUGGCUUUGGGCAAAUCUGUAAAGGACGUUAAACUUAUAAAUCUUAAUGUAAUGAAGUUAUCAGAGAAGUUAGGGCUAAUUUUUUUUCCUCUCAAACUCUUGACUCUAGGGAAUUGCAUUUUGCCACUGUACCUCCUAUCCUAGGAGGCAAGGUUGGGACCUUGAGGGAGCUUGAUGGACCCAAAACGGUCAUGUGAGCUUAAAAGAGGUAGUCGAGGCCCAAACUCCAUAUGUGAGUAAAUUCAAGGCCUCCAAAAUUUGGAAAAAUUCUCUUAACACCAUCCCAUUACAUUUUUGGAACAUCUUGGCAGCAGACAACUUGACUGUGUUUUUAAACGUAAUAAUUGAUCAUGCAUACAAUUGGCCCUCAAUAUACAAGCACAGGCUCAAAGAGUGUUUAUAUAUACGGAGUUGAUAAAGAUGUUAUCAUAGCAAGCUCCCUUUCUGGUUCAUCUAGAAAUUUAACUCUUUUUGUUAAUUUUAAAUAAUUAUUCGGCCCUGGGAAAACAAUUUUUGUAUUUAUGUUUUAAGCUUAAAUAACUUUCUUCCUUUCCAUCAAGCUUAAAGUCUCAACAUUCACUCUUCCUGGCUUCGUGAAAUCUUCCUCAGCUAAUACAUGGACUGUCAAGAUUUGGAGGUUUGGCACUAAUAAUUUACUUGCCAAAUACUCUGGAAGCGGUCCAGUUACAACAGCAGUAGGCGCCGUAACUGUUAGUUCAUGGAAAUCUAAAAGCGGUAUUGACGAGAGCAUUGUUCCAGCUUCCACAACCCUAUUCUCCACUGUCACAUUCACCAACGCUCACGCAAUUCCUAAUGGUGGAUCUGCUGUCAUUACUUUUACCAGUGUCGAUAUUUCAAAAGACUGGUGGGCAGAUGUAGAUGCCACCGAUACUUCAGGUGCCAAAUGCUUCAUGUCGUCCUCAAUUUCUGCUACCUGUGCAAAUACUGAUUCAACCAAGGUAACAAUUUCUUUCACUGCUGCUCUUGCGGCAUCUUCAUCAGUAUCUGUGACUUUGUUGACUGCUUUAUCAUCAGGUGCAAAGAUUUCCUCAAUUGUUACUUACUACACAGGAACAACCCAAAUUGACGCUCUUGCAAGCUCAUACUCAUGGCCUCUCAGCUCUACUAAUAAAGCACUUGGCCACUUCUCAUAUCAUGCAUAUGCAGAUGCUUCAAAUAACUACCCAGAUAUUGGCGACGCAUCUCCAACUGUGACAGCUGGAUAUUUACUCGGAGCUGACAAAACCAGUGAUCUCUACUGGGAAAUUUUGCCUAAUGCAAAUGUUAACUGGGCUAUAGGCACAAGCAUUUCAGUGAACCUUCCAAUAUCUUCAUCUCUUUCAUACACUUCUUCUUAUAUAGCUGGGGAUGCCACUGUCUACGAUUUGGUAGAUCCUUUUACAAGCGCUGCAGCUCUUUCAACGACAACAACUGGAAGAACCUACUCACAGAGUGGAAAUGUUAUCACUGUUUCAUUUACAGCAGCCCCAACUGCAUCUAAUUACCUCGUUUUUGGAUAUUCAGGAAACUCAGCUUUACCUUAUGUUCGCUCAAACUUGGCCACUUUUUACGAAUGUUGGGCCAAGGCAACAACCAGCACAACUAUUGAAGUUGGAAACUCUGUUUUCUCUGUCCUAGAUACUGACUAUGCAAAUGCAGGCAUCCUCACAGCACCAUUAUGUCUUAGUACCGUUGGCGCUAUACCACUUAUGACCACUUUUAUCGCGAAGUUGAUGGCUAUGGAUUUCUCGUCUUCAACUAAUGUUUUCACCCUUGAAGUGACCAUUGCUGGCGGUGCAGACUUAGGAACUGGCUUAGCUGAUAAAAGCGAUCUUCCUUGUGAUGCAACAGUUGACGGAGUAACUUGCACUUUGACUAAAAUUAACAGUGGAGCAGACAGUCUCAUCACAAUUAAAGGACUCGGUACUUUGGCAAAGGAUGAUUCAGUCUCAAUCUAUAUCGCAAAAGGAGCAAUAGCUGCUUCAACAUCCUUAACACCUACCACUGCAGUUUAUUACCAAACAUCAGCAGACUCUAACAUUAAAAAUUACCUAUUCACAAGUAAAAAGGCAUCUGCUUAUACCACAGCAGCAGCUGUAGCAUUGACUGCUGCAACCUCAACAACUACUUGGACCAUCGGUAGUAGUCAAACUCUUGCAAUCACUGGCGCAGAUGUGAAUGCUAACACAGCCACUGGCACUUAUAUUGGAAUUGGCUUACCUGCAGGUUUCACCUUAUCUGGAUCUGCAAUUACAGCUGCUACCAAAGCUCCUACAAAGACUUAUAUGGCAACUAUGAGCGAUAAAUACUCAGUUGGAGGGUUCAUUAUGGGUAUUGAUGAUGGAGACUACGGUCUUUCAACAGGUGGAUCUGCUAUGUCAAUAACGAAUAUUGUAGCACCAGGAUAUGCUGGAGCUACUAACGGAAGCAACAGCAUUCAUUUCAACGUAUUUGUUGCAGCCAAUGUUGGAGCUGCUUGCACAGCAUCUGAUAUAUCGAAAAUUACUGGCAAUACAAUUAGUGUCGGAGCGAUUACUGAUGUUUCAUGCAGCUCAUCAGCCUCUUCAUUAAGAGGGCCUGACUCUGUUGACUCAACUAUGACUGUAAUAGUUACAGUUCCAGAUGCUGUACCUAAGAAUGGCAUAGUAACUCUUACUAUGGAUACCAACUGGUCAUAUUCUUCUGCAAGUUGUACAGUCACAGGAAUGACAGGAACUUGCGUAGCUGGCACCUCUACUGUAAUAACUGCAUCAGCAGAUUUUUCAGCUGGAGCUAUCACUGUCCUAUUCUCGCACGUACUCCCACCUACUUCAGGCUCAACUGCAACCUGUGUUAGCGCAGUGACAACUCAAGAUGCUAACAGUAACUACAUUGACUCUGGAUCAUCACUCACUCCUCCAGCGAUAAACAAUUUCUUGCUUAUUCAUAGGCUUUUUUUGCAAAAAUUUUUAAAUAGAAAAUUUAAUAUGAAUAGAUCGAUAAUUGCUUAUUAUUGGGUGCUUUCAGAUAAAAGCCCAAUAAUAAGCAAUUUUCGAUAUAUAUUAAAUUAAAUUUACUUUAAAAAACCCUCACGAAUAAGAAAGAAAUUGCUUAUUACUGGAGGAAAGUCACCCAAACUAUUAAUCUUGCAGCUGCUGGAAGUGCAGGCACCUCUACAAUCACUGCAACCGCAUUUCCAAACUUUGUUGGAGCUGCUAGUGUUGACAUGUAUCUUUCAUUCACUCUUUCUAAGCAACUCCCAGCUGGCAGUGUUAUAAGUAUUUCACAUGAAUAAAAUAUGGCGUCUUCGUCUGGGCAUGGCCGGGAGGCCAUGCAUACUCGACUUAUAUUUUAUUUAUAUCCGGUAAGGUUUUACUACUUCAGAAAUGGACGGCAAUGCUAGGUAAGCAAUUCUGGUUGUGUUCAGAGCCUAGCCCAAGUCUAAAUUCAGAGGUGGUUUUUUCCUCGUGGGGAAGAUGAGCACGGAGGUUGGAAAGGGGAAGCCCAGCAGAGUCCACACGACCAAUCGGGCAACUCCCUAGCGUGAAACUGGGCGUUACGUCCCAGGCUUUCGAGUUCUACCUUCUACCGACAGUCGACCAGAAAAUCCAUUUUUUAUGGAUUUUCGGAAAGACAACCCACGUUGGUGUGAAUCCCUUGUUUGAGGCAACAAGGAGGGUGUCCGCCGAGGCCUCACCAUAGGCGAAGAGCGUGAAGGGGUGCAAAUCCCCGGCCCUGCAAGUGCGAACGGCUAAUCUUAAUCUUAAUCUUAAAUAAGUAUUUCACCUGGCGGUGUCGGUUCAUGGCUCAAAUCUGGAGACAUCAAGGACUACUGCUGGUCGAAUCUUGCAUACUCAGCAUGCACUGUUACAAGCUCAAAUGUCCAAGUCACCCUAGUAAACAGCUUAUCAUCUGGAUCAGCAGUCCAACUCUAUUUGGACAGCGCCAUUACUCUCCCAAGCAGUUCUGGUGCAACUUCAACUGGCUUCCAAAUCUCAGCUACGUGGAGCGACGUGAGUAUUAUUUCAGACAGCAGUCCAGGAACCGUUUUUACAGUCAAUGCAGCUCCAGCAGGUGCAGUAACACUCACCUCUGUGAAAAUUAACAAUGUUAAUAACGCUGGCGAGGCAGCGAACUAUCUCUUCAGCUUCACAAGCAACCAAGCUGUUGCCAGUGGAGACUACUUCAUCAUCCAAUUCCCAAGAGACUUUGACGCUUACCUUGGAGACGCAGAUAACACUUAUCCAGACUGCUUCCCUAAUGAUUGGUAUCUUACCUGCAGCUCUACUGCUCUUGGAAGUGUUGCAUGUGCUGCUGACCAUUGGUAUCUUAAAGUCUCUGGUGUGUCUAAAACAGCAACUGCUUCAAGUAGCUUAGAUCUCACAGUCAAUGGAAUCAGAAACCCAGAUUCUGGAACCACAGGAUACUUCAACAUUUGGCAUUAUGGUUCAACUGGAACUGUUAAGGCCUAUGUUAACUCAGCUAUUAGCGUGACCACCUUAGACCCAGUAGCAAACUCAGUAACACUUAAACCUGUAACCGUCAGUGGACAAUUAUUAUCUGGAUCAUCCACCUAUUCAUUCGACUUCUACAGCGCUGGCACCUUCAGCAGUAGUUAUUCCUUCGAAAUUCGCUUCCCACCACAAUUUAACCUUAAACUCGCCAACUCAGGAACCACAGCUUGCACAACCAAAUACUACGACGACUCAGGAGCUGCAAACACUGACUCAACUGUUGCCGUUGAUUGGAGCUCAGGAACUACUUCUUGCACCGCAGAUGUUGUCACUGGAAGAGUGACUCUUGCCAUUCCUUCAACUGUCACUAAGACAUUUGCAUCAACUGACAGAAUAAGAAUCAAUUUAACUGCUAUUAGUAAUGCCCAAUGGGGACUCAGCAGGUCUGACUCUAUGUGGGACAACAAGGACACCUCAGCCUUCGGAUCUUUCUCCCAAUGGACUAACAGAUUUAGUGUAGCCGCAAUCAAAACUACUGACUCCACAAUCAGUGCUAAAAGCUAUGACAUCCUCAAUGCAGCUUAUCUCGGUCUUAACCCUGUUGCCACUGCUGUUGCCGUCAACUCAUACAACCCAGCAAACGGAAAUAACAAGAUUCAGCUGACCCCAGGUACCCAAAGCCAAGAUAUCCAAAUCGUAGUAGAUCCUUCAUGGCCAAUGAAGUCCAAAUCAUUGAAAUUGACUGCAGCUUCAAACUCAAAUUAUCCUGACAGCGGAAACCUCGAGUUCACUUCAGUUCACCAUGGCUACAUUGUUUACCAAAUGACCAAGACAAUAACUUUCAGAGUUUCAGCAAAAACAGGCACUUCACAAGGACUUUAUUAUAUCAAUUGGUCUCCUUCAGAAAGCAGACAGCCAGGCGUUUCAAGUGACCUGUACUGUGCCCCAUUAAGUGUUUUGGUUGAGGUAUGCACACCUUCAUCCACCAUUACUCCAACAGUUGCAGUAAUUCCAACUCUUUACAAGUCACAUAAGAGCAUCCCAAUUGCAGUAACCCUUGCUAGAUCCCCUGCCACAGACAUUACUAUCACCCCAUCUACCACUUCAACUGGAAUCUCGUUUAACCCAACUUCCCUUAAGUUUACUAAGGAUUCUGAUGUCAAAUACUUUGAAAUCACUGCCCUAUUUUUAUAUAUAAGUAUAAAAGCCAUUUAUAGAAGAAUUGCAAAACGUUAAUUUUUUUAAAACUUUACUGCUUAUAGCGAUUCUUCAAAAAGACUUUUAUGUCAUUAUAAAUUAUAAGCCAAAUCACUGUUUCAUCAACCUAUGAUUCCACUCAAGCAUCUCCAGUAAUUGCAUUCUCCAUUUCAGGAACUGAUGCAGGCGCUUAUGGAGCGAUUGCUUCAAGAACAGUUACUGUUUCAUCCACAGACUCAACAGCCACACAGCCGACUAUCACCAUUCAGCAAGGCACUAUCACUGGAAACUCAAUUACUCUGACUGUCACUUCUCCACAAAACGGAGUUCUAUAUUGGGGAUUCUCCUGCAAAGGAACAAGUACUCCUACAUUCGCUGAGCUCGUUGCAAUGGCUGCAGAUCUCGUUUCUCCUACAAAUGCAACUUAUUCUUACCAGGAAUUGAAAGAUAUGGACUACGAAGACACUGAGACAGAUAUUGACUCGACUAAAGGUGACACUGAUAUCAACUCUUUCUUCAGAAGAAUGCACGCUAAGCAUUGUGCUACUUAUUACACCAAUGCCCAGGUCAUCUACACUGGCACUUCAGCUCAAGUAGUGCUCGAUAACCUUAUGGGAGGAACAGACUAUGUUUUCACUGCUUAUGUUGAUAACAGACUUAUUGAAAGCACUUCAAGCUACACUGCAGUGACCAGCUCAUUCAGUACCUCUGCACUCCCAAGUAUUACAACUACAAGUGUUUCCUUCUCUGGAUCUGUCGCCCAAAGCAGCAGUGACAACAUUAGAAAUGUGCUGGCUAAAAACAUGGGAGUCAACCCAUCAUGGCUAACUUUAGCUACUUACACCCCUCCUACUUCAACAAGAUACCUUCAAGAUUCAACUGGAACCUCUACUUUCAUAUACAAUGUGCUUUACGACAGAGCCCUCUCAGCAAGCUACCCAUCCAAUACAAUUGCUAAUAACCUUGCUGGAACCCAAGCUACAUCUGAGUUCGCCAGCUUGUACAGUUACACUACUUCAGCCUAUGCCACAGCAACUGCAUCAACUGGAACCACUCCUUCAUGGACUGUAGCUCCAGCCUCUUCUACAGUUGGAGAAACAUCUGCUGCUUUCACUGCAACCUCAUCCCAAGCAGGCACAAUCUAUGUUUCUUGCACUGACGAGACAUCAACUUACAACACUUAUGCAUGGCAAGUAAUUGACGGACUCAAUGCAAACUCCAACCCUGGCUAUGCUACAUACGCAAACAGCACAGCAGCCACAAGUGCCACUUUAACUGUAUCAGGUUUAACUCAAGGAACUCAAUAUCAAUGCUACUUCACUGCUUGCAACAACUACCCACUUUGGCCUUCUUGCAUUGAUUAUUCAACAAGCAGCUCAUUGGUGUCAGUAACAAUCAAAACUUUAACUACUGACGAUGGCGCAGCAAUGCUAAGCUUGUUGGCAGCUUUCUUCUUACUCCCCCCCUCCGUGAGUGAACAAAAAAAUUGUGUUCACUCAAGGAGGGGGGUUAAUUUUGUUUUUUUUAAAAAAAAUUUAUAUAUAAAUCUUAUAAAAAAUAUUGUUUUUCGAAAUUUAAAAAAAUCCUAAUUCGCAAAAAUUGGAAAGCAAAUAUUAAUUUAAUUUAUAAAAUGUUUUAAAAAGCAAUUCGUUUAAAAUUAAACAGAAUUAGCUUUAGAUUUCAUUAUACUAAUUAUCAUUUUAUAUAUAAAAACUUUUUUCCAUAAACAAUUUUUCUAUUAAAAAAUUUUUGUUCACUCACGGAGGGUGGGUUUUUGGGCAAAAAAUAGGGAUUUUUCCAAUGGUUUUGCUCACUCACAGAGGGGGGAGUUACUACUUUACUCUUAAACACAAAAUAUACGAAAAUAAAUGGAGAAGUAAUAAAAUUAAAUCAAAAAAUUUUGUUAAAGUUUUUAUGAUGAGUUAAAUCUUUAACUAA